AUGGCCAUCGCUGGGUCAAUAAAUAGCAUAGCGCUCGCGUGCUUGUUCGACGCGCACGCGCUCCGAUGGCGGCUAGUGAAGCUGCAACACGGAGGGCCAGGCGGAACCGCUGACCGGGACGCGUGCAGCCGGUACAGCAGGUGGCAUGAUGACUCCAAGUUGGAAGAGCCGUGCCGCGCGGAGAGACUGUGGACCACGGACGACCCGCCGCGCCUUGACAUGGACGAAUCGGAUGAACCGCCGCCGCGCCGUCACGCGUACGAUCCGCCGCGCGCGGAGACCUGGGCAAGAGUUUCCGAUUCCUCCCUUUCCCACCCGCUACCUUCGCCCCCGCCACCACCGCAUGCACUCGCGGGCGCAGCCGAUUCAGACAAGGGAGCAGCAGCAGCGGACGCGACAGCAACAGCAGCAGAAGCAGCAGCAGCAGCAGCAGCAGCAGCAGCAGCAGCAGCAGCAGCAGCAGCAGCAGCAGCAGCAGCAGCAGCAGCAGCAGCAGCAGCAGCAGCAGCAGCAGCAGCAGCAGCAGCAGCAGCAGCAGCAGCAGCAGCAGCAGCAGCAGCAGCAGCAGCAGCAGCAGCAGCAGCAGCAGCAGCAGCAGCAGCAGCAGCAGCAGCAGCAGCAGCAGCAGCAGCAGCAGCAGCAGCAGCAGCAGCAGCAGCAGCAGCAGCAGCAGCAGCAGCAGCAGCAGCAGCAGCAGCAGCAGCAGCAGCAGCAGCAGCAGCAGCAGCAGCAGCAGCAGCAGCAGCAGCAGCAGCAGCAGCAGCAGCAGCAGCAGCAGCAGCAGCAGCAGCAGCAGCAGCAGCAGCAAGCAGAGGCAGCGGCAGAGGGGCGGAGGCAUGCAGCGCCGACUGGGGCUACUACCACUGCAGCCACCUGUGCGACGACCCCGAAUCCUCUCGUCCCGAAAUCGACCCGGAUCAUGUCUCGCCCCUUCCGCUCCCGGAUGCCUUGCGCGCGCGUCUCCAGCAGCUGCUGUCGCGACGCCCGCAGCACGUGAGCGCGCUGCACAUGCCCGUGACUCUCGACUACUGCUCAGGCGGGGCGUGGCAGAUUACGGAAUUGAUGCGCUUGGCGCGCUCGUGCGUGAACCUGCGGUCGCUGCACCUUGUGUCUGAGCCGCCCAGAAACGCCUCGUGCCCGAUACAUCUGGAAAAGCCCAGCGUUUGGAGAUGGAAGGAUCAACUUCAGGCGGAGCAGAUGAGGGAGCUGAUAACGAGUUGUCCGCAUCUACGCUCACUGCACUUUAUCCUCGGUAGCAAUAGCUACCUCACACUGAGUGAAGAAGUGGCUGCCUUGCUCUCCCGUCUCGCCCACCUCUCCCUGCCUCUCUCCGACCUCCCGCCUUACCUCCUGGCCCACCUCUCCUCCCUCCGCUCCCUCCGCCUCUCCCUCUCUGCUCCCCACCAUCCGCUCCUCCUCUCCGCUCGCCCCUUCCACUCUCUCUCCCGCCUCUCCCUCCUCCACCUCUCCCUUGGAUCCCCCACCACCGGCCUUUCCGAGCCUCUCCCGCCGGACCUGUUUGCUGGGCUCGGACCGAGCCUGUCGUCCUUGACGUUCCUAGUGUGUACAAAACCGACAGGGGCGGAAGAGAAGACGAGGAAAAGGCGUGCAACCUUCUGUCACACCAAACCUCCCUUGUGCCUCAAAGCAACCGCUUCGUCAACCUCCGUCCGCCACAUCACUCUCACGGGGACAGCUGGCGUCAUCCCAUUGGCGGUGUGGGGGCGGCUGUGCCCUCAGCUGCAGUCGCUCAAGAUACACGGCUCGCCCUUCGUUUCUCUGCACGGGUGGGGGGGAGGAGUGGGGGAGGAAACGGCAAGGGGUGAUGAAUCAGAGGGCGCAUGUGGUGCAGCAGAGAAGGCAGCUGCGUGUUUCUUCCCUUUCCUUGAGGAGCUUGUGCUCCACAAUGUGCGCCGCCAUGCGGUUUCCCACACAGGGCAAGGGCACUCCAGACCAGAGCACAUUGGCCCACAGCAGCAGCAGCAACCGCAGCACACUCUGGCAUUCAUGGGCAUGCUGCCCCGCGUAACCCACUUGGCCAUGCAUGAGUCCUCAUGGCCGUCCAACCCCCCCAUGCCCGCACCCAGCAUCGUGCCGCACCUCCUCCCCAGCCUCACCUUCCUGCGCAUCCACUCCCCCCCACGUGCGCCCCUGCCCGUGCUGCCGCACCUGCGCACGCUCAUAGUGGGGUCCUACCCGCACUCCUCGCGCUUCCUCGCGUUGCUCUCGCUUUUCCCCGCCCUCACUGCCCUCCGCAUCUUCAACCUCUCCACGCACAACCACCACUGCGCCCUCUCCUGCCCUCCCCACCUCAAAUCGCUCCAAAUCUGCCACUCCCACACUCCCCUCCUCCCUGACUGCCUGCACCUCUUCUCCUCCCUCACUCGCCUCCACCUCUUCCAAUGCACCCCGCUCCGCACCCUCCCCUCCUUCCUCUCCGCCUUCUCCUCCCUCACCCACUUCUCCUUCGAUCGUCCCUACAACCCUGUUGUGGUGCCUGUGGGGCUUGAAGGGUACCUGCAGGGGAUGAGCUGGGCGCGAGAGCAGGAGGAGGAGCAGAAGAGGAAGAGGCAUCAAGGGAGGAAACCGAAGACAAAAGGGGAGAUUGAGGAGGAGAGGAAGAGGAAGAUGAUGUUUCAGAGUGUGUUUGAGGAAUCGGUGUUGAGGUGUAAGAGGAGAGGGGCAGGACGCGCAGCAGCAGCAGCAGCAGCAGCAGCAGCAGCAGCAGCAGCAGCAGCAGCAGCAGCAGCAGCAGCAGCAGCAGCAGCAGCAGCAGCAGCAGCAGCAGCAGCAGCAGCAGCAGCAGCAGCAGCAGCAGCAGCAGCAGCAGCAGCAGCAGCAGCAGCAGCAGCAGCAGCAGCAGCAGCAGCAGCAGCAGCAGCAGCAGCAGCAGCAGCAGCAGCAGCAGCAGCAGCAGCAGCAGCAGCAGCAGCAGCAGCAGCAGCAGCAGCAGCAGCAGCAGCAGCAGCAGCAGCAGCAGCAGCAGCAGCAGCAGCAGCAGCAGCAGCAGCAGCAGCAGCAGCAGCAGCAGCAGCAGCAGCAGCAGCAGCAGCAGCAGCAGCAGCAGCAGCAGCAGCAGCAGCAGCAGCAGCAGCAGCAGCAGCAGCAGCAGCAGCAGCAGCAGCAGCAGCAGCAGCAGCAGCAGCAGCAGCAGCAGCAGCAGCAGCAGCAGCAGCAGCAGCAGCAGCAGCAGCAGCAGCAGCAGCAGCAGCAGCAGCAGCAGCAGCAGCAGCAGCAGCAGCAGCAGCAGCAGCAGCAGCAGCAGCAGCAGCAGCAGCAGCAGCAGCAGCAGCAGCAGCAGCAGCAGCAGCAGCAGCAGCAGCAGCAGCAGCAGCAGCAGCAGCAGCAGCAGCAGCAGCAGCAGCAGCAGCAGCAGCAGCAGCAGCAGCAGCAGCAGCAGCAGCAGCAGCAGCAGCAGCAGCAGCAGCAGCAGCAGCAGCAGCAGCAGCAGCAGCAGCAGCAGCAGCAGCAGCAGCAGCAGCAGCAGCAGCAGCAGCAGCAGCAGCAGCAGCAGCAGCAGCAGCAGCAGCAGCAGCAGCAGCAGCAGCAGCAGCAGCAGCAGCAGCAGCAGCAGCAGCAGCAGCAGCAGCAGCAGCAGCAGCAGCAGCAGCAGCAGCAGCAGCAGCAGCAGCAGCAGCAGCAGCAGCAGCAGCAGCAGCAGCAGCAGCAGCAGCAGCAGCAGCAGCAGCAGCAGCAGCAGCAGCAGCAGCAGCAGCAGCAGCAGCAGCAGCAGCAGCAGCAGCAGCAGCAGCAGCAGCAGCAGCAGCAGCAGCAGCAGCAGCAGCAGCAGCAGCAGCAGCAGCAGCAGCAGCAGCAGCAGCAGCAGCAGCAGCAGCAGCAGCAGCAGCAGCAGCAGCAGCAGCAGCAGCAGCAGCAGCAGCAGCAGCAGCAGCAGCAGCAGCAGCAGCAGCAGCAGCAGCAGCAGCAGCAGCAGCAGCAGCAGCAGCAGCAGCAGCAGCAGCAGCAGCAGCAGCAGCAGCAGCAGCAGCAGCAGCAGCAGCAGCAGCAGCAGCAGCAGCAGCAGCAGCAGCAGCAGCAGCAGCAGCAGCAGCAGCAGCAGCAGCAGCAGCAGCAGCAGCAGCAGCAGCAGCAGCAGCAGCAGCAGCAGCAGCAGCAGCAGCAGCAGCAGCAGCAGCAGCAGCAGCAGCAGCAGCAGCAGCAGCAGCAGCAGCAGCAGCAGCAGCAGCAGCAGCAGCAGCAGCAGCAGCAGCAGCAGCAGCAGCAGCAGCAGCAGCAGCAGCAGCAGCAGCAGCAGCAGCAGCAGCAGCAGCAGCAGCAGCAGCAGCAGCAGCAGCAGCAGCAGCAGCAGCAGCAGCAGCAGCAGCAGCAGCAGCAGCAGCAGCAGCAGCAGCAGCAGCAGCAGCAGCAGCAGCAGCAGCAGCAGCAGCAGCAGCAGCAGCAGCAGCAGCAGCAGCAGCAGCAGCAGCAGCAGCAGCAGCAGCAGCAGCAGCAGCAGCAGCAGCAGCAGCAGCAGCAGCAGCAGCAGCAGCAGCAGCAGCAGCAGCAGCAGCAGCAGCAGCAGCAGCAGCAGCAGCAGCAGCAGCAGCAGCAGCAGCAGCAGCAGCAGCAGCAGCAGCAGCAGCAGCAGCAGCAGCAGCAGCAGCAGCAGCAGCAGCAGCAGCAGCAGCAGCAGCAGCAGCAGCAGCAGCAGCAGCAGCAGCAGCAGCAGCAGCAGCAGCAGCAGCAGCAGCAGCAGCAGCAGCAGCAGCAGCAGCAGCAGCAGCAGCAGCAGCAGCAGCAGCAGCAGCAGCAGCAGCAGCAGCAGCAGCAGCAGCAGCAGCAGCAGCAGCAGCAGCAGCAGCAGCAGCAGCAGCAGCAGCAGCAGCAGCAGCAGCAGCAGCAGCAGCAGCAGCAGCAGCAGCAGCAGCAGCAGCAGCAGCAGCAGCAGCAGCAGCAGCAGCAGCAGCAGCAGCAGCAGCAGCAGCAGCAGCAGCAGCAGCAGCAGCAGCAGCAGCAGCAGCAGCAGCAGCAGCAGCAGCAGCAGCAGCAGCAGCAGCAGCAGCAGCAGCAGCAGCAGCAGCAGCAGCAGCAGCAGCAGCAGCAGCAGCAGCAGCAGCAGCAGCAGCAGCAGCAGCAGCAGCAGCAGCAGCAGCAGCAGCAGCAGCAGCAGCAGCAGCAGCAGCAGCAGCAGCAGCAGCAGCAGCAGCAGCAGCAGCAGCAGCAGCAGCAGCAGCAGCAGCAGCAGCAGCAGCAGCAGCAGCAGCAGCAGCAGCAGCAGCAGCAGCAGCAGCAGCAGCAGCAGCAGCAGCAGCAGCAGCAGCAGCAGCAGCAGCAGCAGCAGCAGCAGCAGCAGCAGCAGCAGCAGCAGCAGCAGCAGCAGCAGCAGCAGCAGCAGCAGCAGCAGCAGCAGCAGCAGCAGCAGCAGCAGCAGCAGCAGCAGCAGCAGCAGCAGCAGCAGCAGCAGCAGCAGCAGCAGCAGCAGCAGCAGCAGCAGCAGCAGCAGCAGCAGCAGCAGCAGCAGCAGCAGCAGCAGCAGCAGCAGCAGCAGCAGCAGCAGCAGCAGCAGCAGCAGCAGCAGCAGCAGCAGCAGCAGCAGCAGCAGCAGCAGCAGCAGCAGCAGCAGCAGCAGCAGCAGCAGCAGCAGCAGCAGCAGCAGCAGCAGCAGCAGCAGCAGCAGCAGCAGCAGCAGCAGCAGCAGCAGCAGCAGCAGCAGCAGCAGCAGCAGCAGCAGCAGCAGCAGCAGCAGCAGCAGCAGCAGCAGCAGCAGCAGCAGCAGCAGCAGCAGCAGCAGCAGCAGCAGCAGCAGCAGCAGCAGCAGCAGCAGCAGCAGCAGCAGCAGCAGCAGCAGCAGCAGCAGCAGCAGCAGCAGCAGCAGCAGCAGCAGCAGCAGCAGCAGCAGCAGCAGCAGCAGCAGCAGCAGCAGCAGCAGCAGCAGCAGCAGCAGCAGCAGCAGCAGCAGCAGCAGCAGCAGCAGCAGCAGCAGCAGCAGCAGCAGCAGCAGCAGCAGCAGCAGCAGCAGCAGCAGCAGCAGCAGCAGCAGCAGCAGCAGCAGCAGCAGCAGCAGCAGCAGCAGCAGCAGCAGCAGCAGCAGCAGCAGCAGCAGCAGCAGCAGCAGCAGCAGCAGCAGCAGCAGCAGCAGCAGCAGCAGCAGCAGCAGCAGCAGCAGCAGCAGCAGCAGCAGCAGCAGCAGCAGCAGCAGCAGCAGCAGCAGCAGCAGCAGCAGCAGCAGCAGCAGCAGCAGCAGCAGCAGCAGCAGCAGCAGCAGCAGCAGCAGCAGGAGCAGGAGGAGGAAGAGUGGCGGCAGGAGGCGGAGCAGGGAGGGGAGAUGGUGCAAGGGGUACAGGAGGUGGAGGUGAGAGGCUCAUGCAAGGACCUUAG